UCAAUGGACCAGAAAAAUAAAGAAUUAUUGGAAACCUUAAAACAGAGGCAAGAGCAGUACCUGAAAGCUGUAUAUGCUUUUAAAGAUACUGAUUACCUACGCGCUAAGGAUUUUAUGGCCAGCGCGAAAAGUAUACAAAAUGCAACUUUAUCCUUAUUAAAAGAAGGUCAAUUACCAGUCGGUUUUGUCAUGCCCGAAGAACCGAACCUUUCUCAACAAAAAAAAACACGAGCACCAAAUCAUGCUCAGGUUACACCGAAGAAAAAGACUCAAGUUAAUGCAACGCCAACUUCCACUCCUAAAAAAAAAAUUGUCACAGCGAUCGAUAACGCGACAGAAACACAUAUCGUAAAUGAAGAUAUAACUUCGUUGACCACGUUGUCAAAAGAAGAUCAGUAUGUUAAGUUAAUAUCUGAGCUAGAAGAACAAAUAUCCUUAUGCACUACGAUCUCAGCAUAUUACCUUAAAUCAGGAAACAAAAAUCUUGCGACUACUUUUCUUCAAUAUAAAAAGGCUUUUUCCGCUGAUUUAACUUCUUUGAAAUCAUACCAGAAUCAUAAUAAAGAUAUUCCACCAUUCCAUUUUCGGGAUGUCAGUUAUAAUGUUGAAAACGCUUUUUUUGAAUUGUCUGCUAAUGAUAUGGAAGUUUGUAUUGAAAGGGCAUGGAAUUUGGGAAACAAAGAGGUUAACGGAAAAGAUGUUGAUGCUUAUGUAAAUUGGGAUAUUGGAUGGCCAACCGAAGGUAAUCCGGGUGCUGGCAGCGGAAAAGGUGAUACAUCUGUUGCAAAGAGGGGUAUGGAUCCAGAAUUUAGUUAUAAAAAAAUAAUUAGCAUAGAACGAACAAAAUCAUUUCAACGAUAUAUUGAUAGGAAAAAAGCUACCUUUGAAGUGUUUCAUUAUAGAGGAUUUUUACGAAGAGCUAUUUCUUUAGGAAAAGCUCAAGUAAAAUUAGACUCUCUGUCCAGGAAAGCUGAAAUUCACGAAGUUCUUGAUCUUGUGGAUGCUAAUCGUAGGCCAACAGGUGGCAAGCUAGAAAUUCGACUGCGCUUAAGGGUUCCCUUAGUUGGGGCAGAUGUUGUACAAAAAACAGAAAAAUGGUUGAUUAUUCAUGGUUUCAAUACCAAUAAUCCUAAAACAAAUACUCAAGCUUCGGCAUCAUCACUUGAAGCAACACCUGCUAAAUCUACAUCUCAAUCGGCAACAUCCCCCAAGACUCAAACUUCGGCAUCAUCAAUUGAAGUAACUCCCGCUAAAUCUACAUCUCAACCGGAUCCACCGCCAUUAAAUACUGAAGUAAAUGAUUUGGAUCCCGCUAAAUCUACAUCUCAGCCGGAUCCACCGCCAUCAAAUACUGAAGUAAAUGAUUUGGAUCCCGCUAAAUCUACAUCUCGGCCGGAUCCACCGCCAUCAAAUACUGAAGUAAAUGAUUUGGAUCCCGCUAAAUCUACAUCUCGGCCGGACCCACCGCCAUCAAAUACUGAAGUAAAUGAGUUGGAUCUCGCAGAAGAACAAUUAAAUAAUGCCGAUUUAAUUGUAUCUACUGGUUUGAUUCAAGAAGAGAUUGAACUUUUAAAUUCUCAAAUUUUGACAUUAGAAGCACAAGGAAAACCUGUCCCUGAUGACUUGUUUGACCGAAAGUCUGCACUUGAAAUUAAAAUGAGUUUGAUGGAAAUUCAGGUUCAAACUGGUCAAUUAACGAUCGAUCAAUAUUUGGAUCAAGUAAAAGCUAGUAUUGCUGAUUUCAAAAGAUUGGCUUUGAUAUUCAAGAAAGCUGGUAAAAUCGAAGAAGCAAAGAAAGCUCUUGUAAAAUGUAAAGUAAUGGAAAAUGAAGUGAAGCAAAUGGAAGAAGCUAUGGCUAGCGUAGAAGCUAACUUUGUAGCAGAAAAUAAAAGACCAUCAAGAAAGUCUGAUGCAGUAGAAAAUCAUCUAAAAAAGCAUCAAAAAAGGCAAGCAAAAUUGUCAAGAGAAGAAGUCGCGACGUUAAAUAGAGGGAAAAGACAUAGAAGCUCAGAAGACUCCUUUUUAGAUAAUGAAGUUGUAUCAACAAGUUACCUGAGCAAGAGAUGGAAAGUAAAUGAAGAGGGAAUUGAAUUAUUAAAGUCAGAAAGACGAAGAAUACUCUG